AGUCAAUACCACAAAGCUUGAAUGGAGGUACACUAAGAAAGAAGAAAAAAAAAAAUCAAAACACCUCCAAUUCCAAAUUUCCCAUCAAAGAGAACCAACCCUCUCAACUUGAUCAAUCAUCCAUGGCAGUAGUAGCAGCUCCUAAGAAAACCAACUCAAUCAACAAAAAAGAUAACCCAAAUCUUCUCUUAGGUCGUUUCGAAUUAGGUAAACUCCUUGGCCAUGGAACUUUCGCAAAAGUCCACCUUGCUAAGAACCUCAAAACAGGUGAAUCAGUAGCAAUUAAGAUCAUAAGCAAAGACAAAAUCCUUAAAAGUGGUUUAGUUUCACACAUCAAACGUGAAAUCUCCAUUCUUCGCCGUGUCAGACAUCCUUACAUAGUUCAACUUUUUGAAGUCAUGGCUACAAAGACAAAGAUCUAUUUUGUUAUGGAAUAUGUACGAGGUGGUGAACUUUUCAAUAAGGUUGCUAAAGGUAGGUUAAAAGAAGAAGUUGCAAGAAAAUAUUUUCAACAAUUGAUUUGUGCUGUUGGAUUUUGUCAUGCUAGAGGUGUUUAUCAUAGAGAUUUAAAACCUGAAAAUUUGUUACUUGAUGAAAAUGGUAAUCUUAAAGUUUCGGAUUUUGGAUUAAGUGCUGUGUCUGAUGAAAUUAAACAAGAUGGGUUAUUUCAUACUUUUUGUGGUACACCUGCUUAUGUUGCUCCUGAGGUUCUGUCUAGAAAAGGUUAUGAUGGUGCUAAGGUUGAUAUUUGGUCUUGUGGUGUUGUUUUGUUUGUUUUGAUGGCUGGUUAUUUACCUUUUCAUGAUCCUAAUAAUGUUAUGGUUAUGUAUAAGAAGAUUUAUAAAGGUGAUUUUAGAUGUCCUAGAUGGUUUUCGCCUGAACUUGUUAAUCUUCUUACUAGGCUACUUGAUAUUAAGCCUCAUACUAGGAUUUCGAUUCCGGAGAUUAUGGAGAAUCGUUGGUUUAAGAUAGGUUUCAAGAGUAUUAAGUUUUAUGUUGAGGAUGAUGUUGUUUGUAAUGUUGAUUCACUUGAACUUGAUGAUGGUGGUGGUGGUGAUGGUGAUAAUAAGGUAGUGAAUUUUGAUGAUCAUCGUGAUGAGGUGUUGGAAUCAGUAUCGGAAUCGGAAUGGGAUCCUGAGGUUUUGAGUAGAAGGAAUAACCGUGCUCGUUCUUUGAUGCCAAGGCCUGCGAGUUUGAAUGCUUUUGAUAUUAUAUCGUUUUCGCAAGGUUUUGAUCUUUCGGGAUUGUUUGAGGAGAAGGGCGAUGAAGCAAGGUUUGUGUCUAGUGCAUCAGUGCCGAAGAUUCUAUCGAAAUUGGAGGAAGUUGCUCAAUUGGUUCAGUUCAAUGUAAGGAAGAAAGAUUGCCGGGUUAGCUUGGAGGGUUCUAGAGAAGGGGCAAAAGGGCCAUUGACUAUUGCUGCCGAGGUAUUUGAAUUGACGUCUUCUUUGGUGGUGGUGGAAGUGAAGAAAAAAGGAGGGGAUAGGGUAGAAUAUGAGAAAUUUUUAAACACUGAAUUGAAGCCGGCUUUGCAUAGUUUAACCGUGGAGGAAUCUGCAGGUUCUUCAAGUCAAACAAUACCAGAUGAAUCUUUGCAGCACCGCGCAUUUUCUGAUUCUGCCAUUGACAAACAUUCAGAUGGUAUUGAAGCUCUCAACUUAGAUACCUGAAGAAUGACAUAUAUUAAGAUAAAGGGUUUUAUUUUUAUGUUUCUUAUAGGCUGUGUAUGGUACCUUUUUCCUUCUGUUUUGUUUUUCCUCCAGGAUUGUCCUGCUUUUUUAGAUGCUACUGUAUUUGUUUAUCCUACUAAUGCUUUAAGAAGAAGGUCAAUUCAAUUUUAAAUAUUGUCUAUGGAAUAUACAUUUUCUGUUUUGGUA